AUGAAAUUGCUCCCCAUAAUAAAAGUAAAACGUGAAAAGAUCCCGGAAGGCACGCUCUGUGUGGUGUGCGCCGAUAUGGCAAGCGGUAUUCACUAUUCUGUACCAAGCUGUAACGGUUGCAAAACCUUCUUCCGCCGUGCGCUUGUAAAUAAACAAACCUUCACAUGUCAGUUCUCGGGAGACUGUGUAGUCGGCAAGUCUGUCCGAUGCGUAUGCCGCAGUUGCCGUUUGAAAAAAUGUUUCGACAUGGGUAUGGACCCGAAAGCCAUACAACAUGAUCGAGACAAAAUCCGCUAUACCAAAGCGCUGAAGAAGAAGAAAGAAGAAGAACGACGACUGAAAGAGCAAUCAGAACUUUCGCUAAAAGAGGAGGUUGGCAGCCCGAGCAGUGCAGCGUCUGACCAGUAUGUCAAUACAUCCACUCCUUCGUCUAGUACAAUGAUGGUCAUCCCAGAGCUUGAUAACUCGGCAUUCGAUCUAGAGUCUCAGAACGACGUAAAACUGCUUGUUGACGAUCUGAUGAGAUUGGAAGAGAAAAUGCAUAUGGUCCGACGAGCAUGCCGUUUUGAACCACACACAUCGGCGACAAGUUGCAUGUAUAACAGGUGUCUCUUUGAUGACUAUGAGUGGAUGAGGGAGAACUCACAACCGUUGCAUACUACAACACUACCAUCUCAAUGUACGCUUGAAUCACUCCGUUUAUGGUUUGUACGAGAUUUGUCUUUGAUGAUGGAAUGGGGCAAAUGUUUGCCAAUCAUGGAUCGUCUACUUCUUAACGAUAAGCUAGCGUUGAUGAAGGCAUUUGCACCAAUAUUCCCGUUGCUUCAAUUGGCUUACUAUACAACUUCACCAGAAGAUAACGGCAUAGUAAUUAAGCAAGAGCCCGACUGUGAACAAACAACAAUCGACCGGCUGAACUAUCCGGACGGCACAUUUAUAGAGAAACCUGCUGUGCAAUUUCGAUCAAAUUUUUCCCUCAAUCAUAUCUGUGAGGAAGGAAAUUUCACUGAAGAGAUGUAUACGAUCCUGAUUGAGGGAUGUUUCAAGCUCAUGCGACGUCUACAGAUUAAACAACACCAUAUUGUAUUGUAUAAAAUGCUGUUACUACAUAAUCCAGAUGCCGAGGGCUUGUCAUCUACUGGCAAGAAAACGAUUGAAGCAGAACGACUUCGUCUGCUUAGCCAGUUAUUUUUGUGGAUCAGCAACGAACGUGGCAAAGCAUCACAACUGUUGUUCUCCAAUCUUUUGAUGAUGACAGCUACGUUAAACAAAGUGGCAUCAUUUGUGCGCCGUGUGUUCGACAUCAACCAUAUAUUCAAUCGCACAAAUGACCUUAUCGAUCAGCUGAUAAUUGUAGGAUUGUGA